CCUUCUACUCUCCCAGGACACAGACACAAUCUACAUCUCUCGCUGCUCUGUCCAGCUCCUGUGCCAGCCAUGGCAAUCCAGGAGCCCCUCCACGUGAAGACCCCACUGCGUGACAGCAUGGCCCUGUCCAAAGUGGCUGGCACCAGUGUGUACCUAAAGAUGGACAGUUCCCAGCCCUCAGGCUCCUUCAAGAUCCGAGGCAUUGGACACCUCUGCAAGACGAGGGCAGCACAAGGCUAUAGACAUUUUGUCUGCUCUUCAGCGGGCAAUGCAGGCAUGGCAACGGCCUAUGCUGCCAGAAGGCUGGGCAUCCCGGCCACUAUCAUUGUACCUAGCACCACACCCACCCUCACCAUUGAGCGGCUCAAGAAUGAAGGUGCCACAGUUGAAGUUGUGGGAGAGAUGUUGGAUGAAGCCAUCCAGCUGGCCAAGGCUCUAGAAAAGAACAACCCGGGCUGGGUGUACAUCCAUCCAUUCGAUGACCCGCUCAUCUGGGAAGGCCACACUUCCAUUAUCAAGGAACUGAAGGAGACGCUGAGUGCCAAGCCUGGGGCCAUCGUGCUUUCCGUUGGCGGCGGGGGCCUGCUGUGUGGAGUCGUCCAGGGGCUGCAAGAGGUGGGCUGGGAGGAUGUGCCUGUCAUCGCCAUGGAGACCUUCGGUGCCCACAGCUUCCAUGCUGCCAUCAAGGAAGGGAAGCUGGUCACCCUGCCCAAGAUCACGAGUGUUGCCAAGGCCUUGGGUGUGAACACUGUGGGGGCACAGACCCUGAAGCUGUUUUACGAACACCCCAUUUUCUCUGAGGUCAUCUCGGACCGGGAGGCUGUGUCCGCUAUUGAGAAGUUUGUGGAUGACGAGAAGAUCCUAGUGGAACCAGCGUGCGGUGCAGCUCUGGCUGCAGUGUACAGUGGCGUGGUGUGCAGGCUGCAGGAUGAGGGCCGGCUGCCAAGGCCGCUGGCUUCACUGGUGGUAGUCGUGUGUGGCGGCAGCAACAUCAGCCUGGCCCAGCUGCAGGCUCUCAAGGCACAGCUCGGUCUGAACGGGCUGCCCAAGUGACCCCGCACCCCUAAGUAGUGUGGGCAGAGGAUGCACCUGACAGUGGCCCCACCCUCCUUUACCCGUGUUUAUAAUGUGCACUUUUUCAUUGUAAAUAAAUAAUAUAUAUAUUUAUAAAGCAAAGACUUUAGAGUUUUGUUUGUUCUUGACAUGCGGCCUACGUGCAGCGUAAGUUGGCCGGCCUCCAGAGUGCUGCUGUAACGGGCAUUUGCGGGCACGCUGCCACAGCUGCCCUGGCCCCCAGAGGAGCAAUGCUCCCUACCCACGUACUAGUCACUUGGGUCUCCCAGUGGGCUGGUGUAAGAGUGGAACCCACACAUUCACCAUAGAGACCUGGGGUAGGGGCAAAGUGGCUGGGAGAUGCACAGACAAAGCCACCACAUUCUAACAUGAAGUCCUUACUAACAGGACAAGGACAUCCUUAAAACACCAGUAGCCCCACCCAUGUGCAAGAAAACCAACCCUGUACUCUUGUCUGCAGGGCAGGAAAGGUGAAGCGAAUUUGACCUCCCCUUCCAGCAAAACCCAAAAUACAUGACAGGCACUGGGCUGGCUGGGGCAGAGCCAUCCACUCCGCUCAGGACCUCCAGACACUGGCAGAGCAGGUCUUUCACUCCACUGCCCACCCCAGCAUGGCAGGGCUCUAGGACGCUGUUCUACAUCAGUGCGGUUAGCUUUUGUGCCUAUCACAAAGGGACAUUCCCUCACUUUCCUAACAAAGUCCAAGUACUGAGGGUUCAGUGAGGAUCUACUAUGAGCAAGGGUGAAGCCUAUAUUCCAGGAGUGCAGCGCCCAUCUCCCAGGACCCCACCAACAGAUUAGGCAGGAAGAGGACCAGAGCCCAGACCUCUGGUUCACAGGUUUUGAGUUCUCAGCCUGUGAGACCAAACAGGGAGGACUCUGUUUCUUGUGGAUCUCUGGACCUCACAACAGGACUUAGGAUCUUGGUGGUCAGCAGGGCAGGCCAGAGUAGGACCCAUGUGAGAUGGCUACUGAGAGAAAGAGCUGAUGGACAGAGGC